AUGGGUGUUGCGGAUUUGAUCAAAAAGUUCGAAUCCAUUACCAAGGAGGAUGCGGAGGAAGGAGCGAAGGAAGCCGGCGAGGCCGGUGCCGUGUUGAAGGGCGGGUCCGCCGGAGCGCUUGCAGGCACAGGGACUGAGGAGGCUGCAGGGGAGGAAAGCAAGCUGCACUGUGGGCAGGAGGAGCAGGAGGAGGAGCAGGAGGACGUGCUGCCGGAGCUACAGGAGCAGGAAGACGAGCAGGAGCCGGAGCAGGAGCUGGAGCAGGAGCCGGAGCAGGAGCAGAAGCAGGAACAGGCUGCCGAGGCUGCCGCUCAGGAGGAUGUGGCCGCCGCUCAGAAGCUAGGCGAGCAAGAGACAGAACAGAAGGAGGAGAGGGAGGACGAGGACGAGGAGGACUCCAGCAAGAAUUCCGAGAGCGAGGAAGCUCAAGAGGAACAGCAGGAAGACGACGGGGAGGGUUCUUUCGCCACUGAAAGUUCUGCUAACCCCGGCGAGGUGCGGCGUGUCGAGACUGGCCGCAAGCGUAACAACAAGAAGAAAGGCAAGAAGGGCAAAAAAGGGAAGGGCAAGCGUAAGCGCGGCUUGUCUUCGGCUGGCUCCUCCGCUGGGACCUUAGAGGUGGUCUCCGGAGGGGUCAGUUCUCUUAGGCAAGCAUGAUCUGAAGGACGAACUUGAGGUCAUGACGACUGAUGUCCAGGAGCAAGCCUUGGACGAUGUGCACCACGAGGCCAAUAACAUCGUGGACCCAUCCUCUACAACAGGGGAGAACUCUGGAGCAGAGUCGGAGAACGGCGAGGAUAGCCAGCGCACAGUAGACACUCGUAUAGGCAGAGAUGAUCCGUUCCAGUUUGGCCAGCGGAAGCUGGCGGACGAGGCGGACAUCUGGGCUCAUAACGCGUGGGAUAACGUAGACUGGGGUGACGAACAGAUCCGGCUCGCAAAGGAGAAGAUAGAAGAGCAGAAAGAAUACCCGGUGCAGGAGUUUGACAAAAAGCUGUAUCAUAGCAACCCCGCAAGGUACUGGGAUAUAUUCUAUAAAAAUAACAAAGAAAACUUCUUCAAAGACAGGAAGUGGUUGCAGAUUGAGUUUCCCUCUCUAUACGAAGCUACCAAGAAAGAUGCUGGUUCAGUGACUAUCUUCGAGAUUGGGUGUGGUGCGGGCAAUACCAUGUUCCCGAUCUUAUCUGCAAACGAAAACGAACACUUACGCGUUGUGGGUGCGGACUUCUCCCCGAAGGCCGUGGAAUUGGUAAAGACGUCGCAAAACUUUAACCCCGCGAAUGCCCACGCGACGGUAUGGGACUUAGCCAACCCUGAUGGUCUUUUGCCCGAUGGUGUCGAGCCGCAUUCGGUCGACAUCGCAGUAAUGAUUUUUGUUUUUAGUGCCUUGGCGCCCUCACAGUGGGCCCAGGCUAUGGAUAAUUUGCACAAAGUUCUAAAACCAGGCGGUAAGAUCCUCUUUAGAGACUAUGGCAGGUAUGACUUGGCUCAGAUAAGAUUCAAGAAGCAUAGGUUAUUGGAAGAUAACUUUUACAUCAGAGGCGAUGGUACCCGGGUGUAUUUCUUCACUGAGGAGGAACUCCGGGCGAUCUUCACAGAAAAGCACUUCAAGGAGGUGAAAAUUGCUUCUGACAGAAGGCUGUUGGUGAACCGUAAGAGACAGCUGAAAAUGUACCGAGUCUGGCUGCAGGCCAUAUUCUCUGUUCCCGAGUAA